UAUGCAUUGCACUGCUGUACAAUGAGGAAGAGAGUGCACAAGAUAUGCCAAGAAGGAGAAUCAAACUGAGACCCAGAGAUACACAUUCUCCUUCAAUUGUUGCUUGCUUUCUUUAGACCCCAACAUGGGCUAAAGGUCAUUUUGCACAGCCUUUUUUGUUUUCUCCAUGCACUUAUUAUUUGGAAGCCUUUAUUUUUAAGGGAUAUGUGGAUUUAAUUCAAAAUCUGCCUUUUGCAUUAUUUCGGAGCCUGACCUCAGCAGGGGUCACAUUCAGGAAGAGAGCCUAUUUCAUAUAAGGGGGCCCAGUCUAUGGCAGGACGAUGGUGCUGUUUGCUCUCGAUCAUUUGCUCAUGUUCUACACAUUUCCUAUGGCCUGACUAUUAGGUGCUCUCCAAGGUGCUGGAAUGCUCUCAGCCCUCUAUGAUGGAAGAGAACGGAUUGCAAAUUCAAAAGAGACAGAUCCCAUUUUAUUUCAGAAGAAGAUAGGCUGUGUCUUUGUUUCCUUAUUCCUGAUUAAUCUACAGUACAGCGGCAUCAACACACUAAAGCGGCCAGGCAGAGGGAGAGAGAGAAAGCAAGACUGCCGGCAAUCACAGGGGAGGAGGGCACAUACCAUGAGCCAGACUGCUUGAAACCGUCUGCAGCUAAGUAGCAAGACGCACACACGUCAUUUCAUCAGGAAUAAGCCAUUUUACUAGAUUGAUUUUCAUUUCUCAUUUCCUACAUGUUUUUGCCGUGCAAGGAUACAUUCAAAUGAGGUACCACGUACAGCUGAGUGGGAUUGCAUUUGAUGGUGCUGUAAUCCUCUGUGUAGUAAAGUGGAGAGACACCAUCCAGCAUCUUCUCCCUUGGACCACAGUGAAGGGUGUUUUUCGUACACACCCAGCAUCAAAGCAAUCUUAUUGCUGAAUUUGGGGAAUACAUUGCUUUCAUUUUCCGCCAACAUUUUGUACUUCGCUGGAAAGGCCGCAGACUUAUAAAUGUGAAGAUUUAUUGAAUAUUAAUGGCCAAGGUACAGGAUUCAUUUCCGUUGACUAUUUUAUCACAAAAUGCACUUUAACUGAAGAAACUCAGGCUUCCUGGAAGUCUGUCUUAUGGUGCUGAAAUAUUCUUGCUGAUUGCACUGAGACCAACCCUGAGGAAGGGCUUCUACUGAUGUAACAAAACAUUAAAAAAAGAAGAAUUACAUUUGCUAUUUACCCUUGGCGGCCAACCAGACAUUAUUCUUGAAGAACUGUGGCCAUUUUUCCAAUUAUCUUCUACAAGAUGAUGAAUUCCAAUGCAGAGGAAGAUAAAUUGAGCGCAUUUCUCCAGUACAUUGAAGAUAUGGGGCUAAAGGCCUAUGAUGGUUUGGUGAUUCAGAAUGCUUCAGAUAUCGCCAGAGAGAAUGAUCGCCUGAGAAAUGAAACUAAUCUCGCUUACAUGAAAGAAAAACACGAAAAGCGCCGGAAACAAGAUGUCAUUAAACGCAUCGGUGGAGAAGUAGUAAGAGGAACAGAAGGGAGCUAUGUGAAUAAACACUUUCGUAUGGGAUUUAUGACAAUGCCUGCUCCACAAGACAGGUUACCACACCCAUGCUCCAGUGGAUUUUCAGUACGUUCUCAGUCACUUCAUUCUGUGGGUGGAACUGAGGAUGACAACAGUUGCUCUCGUAAACAGCCACCACCAAAGCCAAAACGAGAUCCAAACACAAAGCUGAGCAUUUCAUCUGAAACUGUAAACUUUGGAACACUAGGCAAGAGCCCAAAAUUCACAGACAGAACAGAUGUUUCAGCAAAGCAAAGACCACAUAGUGAUGAAUAUACUAAGAAAAUCCCACCACCCAAGCCGAAGAGGAACCCAAACACUCACCUUAGUACAUCAUUUGAUGAAACAUACAUAAGAAAACAUGGCUCAUUGAAGAGUACAUUAUUCAGAGAAUCAUCUUCAUCUCAUAUUAGCACCACUGCACUUGAUAGAGAGGAUGAAGAACCUGUUUAUAUUGAAAUGGUUGGAAACAUACUAAGAGACUUUAAAAGAGAUGACGAAGACCAAAGUGAAGCUGUAUAUGAAGAAAUGAAAUAUCCCAUCUUUGAUGAUUUAGUUCAAGAUUCUAGAUAUCUUUAUGAAGUAGAUCAUAUUAGUUGCUCUUCUCAAUGUGCUACUCCCACAGUGCCUGACUUAGAAUUCACAAAGUCCUCAGUGCCAUCAACCCCAAAAGGCCAAGUUUGUGAUAUUCCACCACCAUUCCCAAACCUACUUUCUCAAAGGCCACCAUUAUUGGUGUUUCCACCAGCACCAGCUCAGUGUUCCCCAAAUUCUGAUGAGUCACCUUUAACUCCACUUGAGGUUGCAAAACUACCUGUACUAGAAAAUGUGUCUUACAUCAAACAACAAGGUAGUGCUUCACCCUCAUCACACAUUCCAGGACAUCAAAAGGCAGAGAAGGACCCAACUAUUGUAUCACAUGGAACAAGUUCAUCUGGACACUCUCAGUCUUCUCCUCCACAUCCUUCUACAAUGUACCGAACUCAGUCUCCACAUGGUUAUCCUAAAUGUCAUUCAGCUUCACCUUCUCCUGUGAGCAUGGGUAGGUCAUUAACUCCUUUAAGCCUCAAAAGACCACCACCUUAUGAAUCUGUGCAUACAGGAAGUCUCUCAAGAAGUUCUCCAUCAGUGCCUCAUUCUACAGUCAGAAAUAGCCCUCAAGAAGGGAAGUCAGUUAAUGCAUCUACCAGUACUUAUAAUUCAUCUCAAAGCAGCUUACGUUCCAGGACACCUACAAGUCCCCUUGAAGAAUUAUCCAACCUCUUUACCUCAGGAAGAAGCUUGCUGAGGAAACCCUCCAGUGGAAGACGUUCUAAAGAACCUUCAGAAAAACCACAAGAUGAAAUUAAAGUCAGAAGCCACAGCACGGAACCCUUACCAAAGUUGGAAAAUAAAGAGCGAGCUGUUCAUCAUUCAUCACCUCCGUCAAGAGAUUCUGUAAAAUCUCAGGAAUGGGAUGGAACUCCUGGUCCAACACAUGUCUCGAGUAGGCUUGGAAGAUCAUCUGUUAGCCCAACAAUGCUAGCAGGAAAUAACAGCUCAGAAAUGAGAAUCAGCUGCAAAUUAGGUCGAUCUGCUUCCACUUCAGGUGUGCCUCCUCCGUCAGUUACCCCCCUCAGGCAAGCGAGUGAGCAACAACAGAGCCAGAUGACAUCUAUGCAGUGGCUUUGUGGUGACCACACCAUGAUGGAAAUGAUUGAGAAAAAACGUACUCUGUGCAGAGAGAUCAAAUCAAGACAAAAAACUGAGAAGGGUCUGUGUAAACAAGAAAGCAUGCCUAUCCUACCAAGCUGGAAAAAGAGCAAUGGAGCCAAGAAAUACAGCCCUCUUAAUUCCCAACAGCAAACUGUGUUUUGGGACACUGCCAUAUGAUGCAAGCCUAGAGAAUACACCUGGUACCAAGGUUUGAAUUGCACAGGUAGCAGUGCUAAUCUAGUAAUUGGUGACUGUUUAGGGUACUAGAUUUUCGUGUGCUCUGCAAUUUUCUUUGCCUCCUGCAAAAUCCAAGAAGAUCUACCUACCCCGAGUCACAAAUAUUUAUCAUUUUUUCAGUACAAAUAUAAAAGAGAAUAUUUAAUGUAAAUACCGAAUGUUAUUUAUGACUUGAAAAAGUAAAUGUUAUAAAUAAUAAUUUUGAUAUUUUGUGUAAUGUUAAUAAUUGUAAUUAUGCUUUAAUAGCCAAGUUAUUCUUUAUUGUUUCCUUUGACAAUGCUUUGGAAAUUUUUUCUACUGAAGCAUGCGUUCUCCUUAUAUUUCUGUUAGCUACUGAAACAACAAAAAUGAGAGGAAUUAUUUAUGUACUACAAAAGAAACCAGAAAGAGACAGGAAGUUAUGUUUUACUGCAUUGUGUUCUAGAUGUUCAUUUUUAAGGACUAAAGAGUAUACAACCUACCUGGUGUCAUAAGUAUCUUUAAAAUUGCUCCUCACACCUGUUUUUUGUAUAACGUGGGGUAGAAGCAUGGAUCAGACAAUGAAUCAGUUAUUAUUCUUGCUAUCAGGAGACCAUAGUUCACUGUGAUGAAAAUUAAUAUUGUAGACGUUGACAAGCGGAAGAAACGCUAUCUAACGAGUGCACAUUGGUGACAUUAGGUUCAUUUAAACAGAUACAGCACAAGCUGUUUUAUUGGAUGGGAUUAAUGUUAAACAGGAGACUUAUUGCAAAAAGAGCUGGGGGCUGGAUGCGAAAUCAGUUUUUGGAUCACCUACAGUACCUGGGGAAUCGAUCAUGUCUUAGCCUCAGGCAAAUUACAACAGGGCAGGAUUAAAAGAGUUUAUAAUUUUAUUAUAAGAACUUCUGUACUUAAACAUAAAUACCUUAGUACUUCUGUUGAAGUCUUUUUUACAUACAAAGCCUUUCCAAUGCACACAGAGAGCAGAUUAUUAUCAUAAACCACACAUUUGGGUCCAUGCAUUUCAUAAAAAGGGGGUGUGCUGAACCUCUUCUACCAUACCAUACCCACAAUUCACCAAGUCUUUAUAUUGCAGAAUAGUCUGCACAGUGUUGAGGCUAUCUCACACCUCUAUGAAAAUAAAAGCUAACCACAUUUGUUGGGCCACAGAAAAGCUUUACAUACUUAAAAUUUAAUAGCAAAUUUAGAUUAUGUUAUCUGGGUUCAUUCUUUGGGGGGAAAAAUUAUACCCUGUACAAUAGUUAUUAUGGUCAAAGGACAGGCAAGGCCAACCUUUCAGAGGCUACAUUUUAAAGAUACUUUGGACACAGGUAGCUAAAUAUACAGUUGCACCAAAAAUGAUUGUGAACUUUUAAAAGAGACAAUGCAAAUAGAAAGUACAAUAAAAUGAGGGUACAGUCACGCCACUAUUAUAAUGGAAUUGUUGGUGGAUUCUGUAUAGACUUUGGUUUGACAUAUUUAUAUUUGUUGCUAGAAUCUUUUUGCAUUUGGAAACUAUCACCUGUUCCUUAAUGUCUACAAAACGAUGGUCAUAUGAUGUUGACCUUGAUGCAGUUCUAUUAGGAAGCAAUACUUGCCAUGGCUGACCAGAAGGUUGUGCAUUCAUUAUGUUUCCUUCAUACUAGAGUGAAUAGGAACAUCACUCAGAUUGUGUAAGAGGAAAAAAUAUGUAUACAAGAAAUAAUCUACAUAUUAACCACAGUGUAUGGCAUUUAGAUGCAUUUCAUGUAUACAUUUAAAUGAUCAUAAACUCUUAUUUUGAUAUUAAAAGCCACAAAGUUUG